AUGGCAGGGCGACAAACGAAUAUUAGUUCUUUCUUCGGAAACGCGUUUAAAUUAAAAGAUGCGUCGCGUAACGAAAACAAUGACCCCGUUUCCCUUUCAACGGGCUCUAGCAAUAAGAGAAAGAACAGUGUCGACUCUAAAGCGGAGAAGAUGGACAUUGACGGCCCAUCUCCCAAGGAAAACGGUCGAUCGAUAAAAAAGAAUAAGAAAAAUACCCCAGUGGAUGACACAGAUACAUCGUCCACCUCUAGUGCUUCUACAGUAAACAAGGCUGAUGGUAAAGGAAAGCAGGAAACUACAAAGGCAAAAGAGGCCGCUCAAGGUCCUCAUCUUACCUUUGCAAGCAUGGUCAAUACGUUUACAAAAGUGGAGGCUACAACUAAGCGGCUUGAGAUCAUCGACAUCAUGCGAAACUUUUUCUUUGCCGUAUUUCGUGACUAUCCAAGUGAUCUGCUACAGUCCAUUUACCUUAGUAUUAAUAAGCUCGGUCCAGAUUACGAGGGAAUCGAGCUAGGCAUCGGCGAAAGCUUCAUUAUCAAAGCUAUUGCAGAGUCCACGGGUCAAACGCUCCAGCAAGUGAAGCAUUCGUACCAAAAAGUCGGCGACCUAGGCCUAAUUGCACAGUCCUCCCGACAAAACCAGCCUACAAUGUUCAAACCUGCUCCCCUCACUAUCCCCGUACUUUUUAAAACGUUGAAAAACAUAGCCAGCAUGACAGGCUCUCAAUCGCAGGCACGGAAAAUUGGUCUAAUUAGACGGUUGCUCAGUUCAUGUCAAAAUGAAGAGCCCAAAUACCUUGUUAGAAUGCUCGAAGGAAAGCUCCGUCUUAACUUGGCAGAAAAAACAAUUAUUGUUUCACUUGCACAUGCAGCUGCAAUGUAUCAUGCCGAGAAGGACAGCACAAAGGUGAACCCGGAAAUUUGUGCGGAGGCAGAACAAAAGCUCCGGGAUGUCUAUUCACAGCUCCCAUCUUAUGAUUUCAUUAUACCCCACCUCCUUGAACAUGGUUUGGAAGGCCUCGAAGAUUCAUGUAAGCUGACUCCUGGUGUACCUAUGAAGCCUAUGUUAGCAAAACCCAGUAAGCAGAUUUCCGAAGUCCUUGAUCGAUUCGAACGAUCCAAAUUUACCUGUGAAUACAAAUACGAUGGAGAACGUGCUCAAAUUCAUUUUACUGAAGAUGGCAAACUUCGUGUGUUUUCACGAAACUCAGAGGAUGUGUCUGGUCGCUACCCAGACAUUGUUGAAUCGGUCUCUAGAUGGCGCAAACCGACCUCUACGAGCUUCAUUCUUGAUUGCGAAGCCGUUGGGUGGGAUCGCGAUGAGCAUAAAAUCUUACCCUUUCAAAUCCUUUCGACGCGUAAGCGUAAAGAUGUACAACUGGAAGAUGUGAAGGUGAGAGCGUGUAUUUUUGCGUUUGACCUAUUGUACCUUAAUGGAAAGUCGUUGUUGACAACGCCUUUCAUCGAGAGACGACGCUUGCUUUAUGACGCAUUUUCCCCAGCUGAAGGCGAAUUUACAUUUGCCAAAUCUAGUGAUGCCCAGUCUUCUGAGGAUAUAGAGAAGUUCCUUGAAAACUCCAUUCAUGAUUCCUGCGAGGGCCUGAUGGUCAAGAUGCUUGAUGGACCGGAGUCGCAUUACGAGCCCUCAAAGCGCUCCCGCAAUUGGUUGAAGCUGAAAAAGGACUACUUGUCUGGUGUUGGUGAUUCUUUCGACUUAAUUGUCAUUGGAGCCUAUCAUGGACGAGGCAAGCGUACCUCUGUUUAUGGAGCAUAUUUGUUGGGCUGUUAUGACCCUGACACCGAAAUGAUCCAGACGAUCUGCAAACUUGGCACCGGUUUCUCUGAAGAACUUCUGGAAAAGUUUUAUAACCAAUUCAAGGACACUGUUACACUCAAACCUAAAGAGUACAUAUCUCACAGCGAUGUUCCCGCCCACCAACCUGAUGUCUGGUUUGAGCCAAAGUAUCUUUGGGAGAUUCUUGCUGCAGACCUGUCGUUAUCUCCUGUAUACAAAGCAGCAAUUGGUUACAUAAGUGAGGAUAAAGGCGUGAGUUUACGUUUCCCUCGCUUUGUUCGUGAACGUGAAGACAAGAACUGGGAGGAGGCUACAUCUGCUGAACAAAUUGCAGAGAUGUAUCGUUCGCAAGUCGCUAUCUCAGGUCAUGACAACACUGAUGUUGCAGAGGAGUACUAG